AUGGAAUGGGCAAUGAGUGGUUCGUUGCUUGAGAAUUUGAAGAUAAACGAUAAUCCAUGGCUUCCUCCUAAAACUUGGGAAUCUCUACCCUCCGAAAGCGGUCUUGCUGCACGCUCCUCCUCCUCUUCUUCUUCUUCAAAAUCAUCAUCAAAUGAGACCCUCUCCACUCUUUCUGAACAAAGUUUGGUGAGGUUGGCGACUAAUGCUUUGCUAGGUAUUAAAUCAUCUCUCAUCACCAUCCAAAACCUAUCUCCCAUUUUUUCUUCUCAUCCUCCUCGCACUACUUUCCUCCAUCUCUGGAACCGAGCCUCCACCACUCUUUCUUUGUCGAAUAUACUUCAAUCCAUUGCUUCCACUGGUUCUCUCGUUUUUCUUCUCCGUCACUUCGUUGAUUAUUUUACUAAUACCCUAAAUCAACACCCUUCCGACCCUCCCUAUUCUCUUGUUAAUCAAGCCUUUGCUGUGGCUGUCGGGAACGUCUUGGAAGGAUACUUUUCUGGACUCGAUACAGUACAUGCAUCUCUAAUUUUCAGGCGUUCUUCCAAACAUGUUGAUUUCUCUACGUCUGCUUGUUUCAACAGUGUUGCGCAUUCCCAAAUUACACUGCUUGAGUUAUUUCUGCACACUAAGGAACUCAGGGUGAAGAUUGAAUCUCUUGCAAGCAUAUGUAACCUACAAAACUGGGCUCAUUGUGUUUCAGAUACUGAUUUUGAGGAUCUCAUUACUAAAGCUACUUCUCAAUUUUCUAACUUCUCCAGAGGGGGGGACUUGUUAACUUUUUUGUAUCAACAAUUACAGGUUGCUGAUUCUGCUCACUGUGAUUUGCUCAAGUUUCUUUUUCUUCAAUCGUGUGAACCAUAUUGUGGAUUCAUUAGAUCUUGGAUUUUCAAAGCGGAAAUCCAUGAUCCCUAUAACGAGUUUAUUGUUCAAAAUAUCGACUGUUUUUCUCCUAAGUCACAUGUUGACUUCCCACACGUUCAAGCUGAUAAAUCUGGUGACUUCCCAUCGUCAAGUAUCAGGUUGCGAGAUGGAGUUCCCGUUCCUGGGUUUCUAAAGGAGUUAUUGGUUCCACUUGUUAGAGCUGGUCAGCAGCUUCAAGUACUACUGAAAUUACUUGAACUGUGCAUUGACGUUGCUGCUGGAAAACAUAGUUCGGAUGACUUUCUACCCUGCUGGAGUGGCUUCUCAAGCAAUAGUCUGCCUUAUUUUUCUCCACUGACUUUCAGCAAAGAUAUUAUAGAAAAUAUGGUACUUGCAAGAGAAAGCUACUAUAAAAGGAUGAAUGAAAAAACUGAAAGCCUUUUGAGCAGCUUACACGUUAGAUAUCAGCAGCUACCUAUGCCUACUCCAGUUCCUUCUUUUGAUAAUGGUGGGGGGACUAUAGACAAACUAUGCCAGCUCAUGUCAGAAGAGGAACCUAUUGUCUGUCCAACAGCAGAUAAAAGUUCUUCACAAAUGGGAUUUGAUAACUUGGAAUCGGAUGUGUCAAGUACAGAAGACGAGUUCUCUUUGCUGGAAGAUAUCUAUGGUUCAUCUGAAACUUCAUCCUUAACCAGCACUGAGGAGCAAUUGGAGUCUGAUCAGCUUAGUGGUUGGCCAAUAUCAGGGCAACAAAGUCAUCUAUCUACUUUAAAAUUCUUGAAGAUUAAUACCUUAAGUAGUUCAAUACAGAAUUCCUGUCAUCAUGAAAAGUCAGGCAGUGACUCACAUGGAAUAUAUGAUAAAAUGGAUGCCAUCGAUCAUUUGGUGAAUUCCUCCAAUGAGGGAAUGAUAUCAAGUGUGUUUGAUACUCUAAAUCCUGAGAGUUCAAGGUGCUCAAGUAAAUUCAGUAUUCUACAGAGAGGUAGCUGCAUUGAUAGUUAUUCAUCAAUGGUUCAAUUACUGAAAAAAUCAUUUGAUGAUGAUAAAACUGUUGAGCAAAAGAUGACAAAAAAGGGCUUGCAACCCCUGAAUUAUUCCCAGUUAUGUCACAUUGCCAUUGGUGAUAAUUUGAGUGGGGAGACCUUGAGUGAGGAUCAACCUGUUAAUGAUACACUAGCUUCAUGUUUGCGUGCUUUUCAACCACUAAAAGCUGGCCAUCAGUGCAAUCUUCCUAGCAUUAAUCCCUUUAGUAUGAACAUAAUGUUGACUAGAAAUGUUUUGCUUCAACAGACAGGUAUGAAAGGGGAAAAAUGCAAAGUAGAUCAUGCACAAACUUUGCCAUUCUUCAAUUUUUCUACUGUAGAGGACCCUUAUAAGGUUUAUAUGGACAAGUUACCCACCAAUUCCAUCUGUAUAAGCACAUCUUCGUAUCCUUUGGAUAGUUGUGCAUCUACUCACGGUAAUCAGAAUAAUGAAUAUGAAGAAAAAAAUGGCCAUAGGAAUGAGGAUGGGUUGGUCGAUGUUCCCAAAUAUUGUUUUGAUGCUUCACUGGAUGUGGUAGACCAUAAGCAGUAUGUUUCAACAGAUGCAUCUGGUGGGAGCAGCUGGGAAAGACUACUUGGCAGUUUUAGGAAAACUGUUGAUUGUGAUGCUACUCAAAAGCAGAAUUUGCUGUCAACAUUUGAGAUGCCACUUGAUAUUAUAAUUGACAAGUGCUUAGUUCAGGAAAUCAUGGUUCAAUACAAUUAUGUCAGCAAAUUAAUCAUCAACAUGCUUGAGGAGGCAUUUAAGCUGCAAGAGCAUCUUUUAGCACUGCGGCGGUAUCAUUUUAUGGAAUUAGCAGAUUGGGCAGAUUUGUUUAUCUUGUCACUAUGGCGACAUAAGUGGUCUGUUACAGAAGCUAAUGAGAGACUUCCAGAAAUUCAAGACCUACUUGAAUUGUCAAUUCAGAAGUCUUCUUGCGAGCAAGACACCAAUAAGGCUAGGUUGUUUGUGUACAUGAAAGGACAUGGGAAAUUACCUCUUUCGGCAUCUGCUAUCGGGGUCCGUUCUUUCGAUUUCUUAGGACUGGGUUACCGCGUGGAUUGGCCACUCUGUAUUAUUUUGACACCAGCUGCAUUAAAAAUAUAUGCUGAUAUAUUCAGCUUUUUGAUACAAGUGAAGCUUGCUUUAUUUUCAUUGACUGAUGUGUGGUGCUCCUUAAAGGAUAUUGCGCAUACAACCAAUAAGGAUCUAAGUGCUGAAAUACGCCAGCAUGGGGCAGGACAUCUUAAUAUAUUAAUGAAGAUGAGGCACCAGAUCAGCCAUUUUGUAUCUACUUUGCAGCAAUAUGUGGAAUCACAAUUAUCACACAUGUCAUGGUGCAGAUUUCUUCAUUCCCUUCGGCACAAGGUGAAAGAUAUGAUGGAUCUAGAGUCUGUGCACAUGGAAUAUCUUGCUGAUUCGUUAAGAAUAUGUUUCCUAUCUGAUGAAACAAAGGCAGUGGGCUGCAUUAUUGAGAGCAUUUUGCAAUGUGCACUUGAUUUCCGGUCUUGUAUUACGAUAGGUGCCUGGGAUAUUGGAAACGAUCGAGGAGACUUAUUAGGAAAGCUUUCCACAGUGAAUAUAUCCCAGGUCCUUUCCAUAAAGCAGAAGUUCGAUAGAAGUCUAAAUGAAUUGCACGUCUGCUAUGUCAAGGAACCUAAGCAUGUGAAUUUUGGGCUUUCUCGUUUCUGGGAAUAUCUCAACUACAAUGAAUAUUAUUCGGAUGUCAACAAUGGGAUGGGGUACUACUCUGUCUGA